UGGAUCUCAGUAAUUUGAAGCCACACCAAUGGCGUCCAUAUCCUUAGCCAAUUCUAGAGCGUCGCAAUUAAACAAUUUGGAUUCCUGCUCGAGCAUGGCGGAGCUGAAGCAGCGCCACGCUUGUAUCGUCAAGCUCGGUCUCUCCUCCGACAAUGACGCCAUGGGCCGCGUUAUCAAAUUCUGCUCGCUCUCAAAAUCAGCGGAUUUGGAUUAUGCCCUCAAGGUGUUCGAUACAUUGCCCCGCCCAGAUGCUUUCAUAUAUAACACCAUCUUCAGAGGGUAUUUACAGGAACACAUGUAUAGACGCUGCAUUGUCUUAUACGCCAAGAUGCUGGAUAGUUUCGUGACUCCGAAUAAAUUUUCAUUUCCUCCUGUUAUACGAGCCUGUUGCGUCGAUUUAGCGGUUAAAGAAGGGAAGCAAGUCCAUGCUCAGGUGAUUAAAUUUGGAUUUGGUCAGGAUUCUUUCUGUCAGAACAAUUUGAUUCAUAUGUACGUGAACUUUGAUUCCUUGGAGGAAGGGAGGAGGGUGUUUGAUAAUUUGGAAAAGAAGGAUGAUGUUUCUUGGACUACAUUGAUCAGUGGUUAUUCAAGUCAGGGAUUUGUUGGCGAAGCUCUCGGCAUUUUCGAGUCAUUGCCGGUGAAAAAUUCGGCGGCUUGGAAUGCUGUGAUAGCAGCUUUUGUACAGAACAACAGGUUUCAUGAGGCCAUCAGUUUGUUCAAUAGGAUGAGAAACGAAAAUGUGUCGAUUGAUAAGUUCGUGGCCGCGAGCAUGCUGUCAGCUUGUACGGGGCUCGGCGCAUUGAAGCAGGGCGAAUGGAUACACGACUAUAUCAACAGUAGCGGGAUUGAAGUGGAUGCUAAAUUAGCUACAACAAUUAUCGAUAUGUAUUGUAAGUGCGGGUGUGUGGAUAAAGCUUUGGAACUAUUCAAUGGCUUGUCUUGUAAAGGCAUUUCGUCGUGGAAUUGUAUGAUCGGCGGCUUAGCAAUGCACGGUAAAGGCAAGGCCGCUAUUGACCUGUUUAAAAAAAUGGAGGCAGCUACGGCGAGGCCUGAUUACAUAACAUUUGUGAAUGUGUUAACCGCGUGCGCGCAUUCAGGAUUAGUCGAGGAAGGGAGGUAUUAUUUUUCUUACAUGACUGAAGCUUAUGGCAUUGUUCCGGGAAUUGAGCAUUAUGGUUGCUUUGUGGAUUUGCUCGGGAGGGCAGGAUUGUUAGUCGAAGCGAGGAAAGUUAUAGAUGAUAUGCCUGUAAGAGCUGAUGCUGGAGUUUUAGGUGCUCUACUCGGGGCGUGUCGAAUCCAUGGAAAUAUUGACAUGGCAGAGGAGAUCGGAAAGCAGGUUAUUGAACUCGACCCGAAUAACAGCGGACGGUAUGUCCUCUUGGCUAAUCUUUACGCGAAAGCCGGUAGAUGGGAAGAAGUUGCGAAUAUUAGGAAGUUAAUGAAUGAUCGGGGAGUCAAAAAGGUCGCGGGGUUUUCCAUUGUUGAGUUAGAAGGUAGUGUAAAUGAGUUCAUUGCUGGGGGAAGAACACAUCCACAAGCUACGGAGAUUUACGCGAAAGUUGAAGAAAUGCUGGGCUGUAUCAAAGAUCUUGGAUACGUGCCGGACAGCGAUGGAUUGGUGUACGAUGUAAGUGAGGAGGAAAUGGAGAAUCCGUUGCACUACCAUAGCGAAAAGCUCGCGAUUGCUUUUUCGCUGCUGAAAAGUAAACAUGGAGAAACUAUUCGAAUUACGAAGAACUUGAGAGUCUGCAAAGACUGCCAUCGAGCGAGCAAGCUGAUUUCGAAGGCCUUCGACAGGGAAAUCAUUGUGAGGGAUAGGAACAGGUUUCACCAUUUCAAAGGAGGAUUAUGUUCGUGUAACGAUUACUGGUGAAGGAAAACGAUCUUUUUGUUAUUGCUGAAAAGAUUCGAAUACAUGAACAAGGUUGUUGUGAAAUUAUAUACGAAUCGAACACUUGUAAUUCACUCAAAGACAUUCAGCAAUUCAAAGAACUUAAAGAAUCUUUUAUUAUAUCGAAAUCAAA